CGGACCCAGAGGCCCCUCUGCAGCGCGGGGCCGAGCUCGCCACGCAGGCGCCCGCGCCCCCGCCGCCAUUGUUGCCCCGGGCCUCUCCGGCCGCCCCGGCUGCGCGUCCGCCGGCUCCCGGCGACAGGGUCUCUUAACCUUCCCUGCAAGUUCUGGGCUCAGAAUUUCUAACUAAGGCUGCUAACUCUACCUUGACCCUGUUCUGCCUUUGGCUGCAGCAGCCCUUGACAUAAUGUCUUCGUGGCUCUAGCAUGAGACUUCAAACAGUUGGCUCACUAUUGGAGAUAUAAAGGAUAUUGCCAGAUUGACUCUCCUGUCUGUAGCAAUGUUAGCCUCGUGCAAGAGGAUGACCAGUUCUUCACGCUCCCAAGUCCUUCUCAUGUGGAAGCCGGACAAGGCUCAGAGUGGACCCCACAGUGUUGAGAAGGAAACCCUUGCUUCAAGAAUCUUGCGUGACACUGAGACCUGUCGACAGAAUUUUAGAAAUUUUCCAUAUCCAGACCUAGCUGGUCCUCGAAAGGCAUUGAAUCAACUCCGAGAACUCUGCCUUAAAUGGCUGAGACCAGAGAUUCACUCAAAGGAACAAAUCCUGGAGCUGCUGGUGCUGGAGCAAUUCCUGACCAUCCUGCCUGGGGAGGUUAGGACUUGGGUGAAGUCCCAGUACCCAGAGAGCAGUGAGGAAGUGGUGACUCUGGUGGAGGAUUUGACUCAGAUUCUAGAAGAGGAAGCUGCUCCUCAGAACUCUGCCCUUCCCCAGGAGACCCCAGAGGAAGACCCCAAAGGAAGACCUGCUUUCCAGGCAGGGUGGUUAAAUGACUUGGUGACCAAAGAAUCAAUGACAUUCAAAGAUGUGGCUGUGGAUAUCACCCAGGAGGACUGGGAGAUAAUGCGUCCCGUACAGAAGGAACUGUACAAGACUGUGACCUUACAGAACUACUGGAACAUGGUUUCUCUGGGACUUACAGUGUACCGACCAACUGUGAUUCCCAUACUGGAAGAACCAUGGAUGGUGAUCAAAGAAAUCUUAGAAGGCCCUAGUCCAGAAUGGAAAACAGAAGCCCAAGAGUGUACUCCAGUUACAAAUACUUCUAAACUCACAAAGACUGGAACUCAGACCAUCAAAUUGGAAGAACCAUAUGACUACAAUGAGAGAUUAGAGAGGCAAGCAACAGAUACCUACAGGAAAAUUCCUGCUAAUGAAAGAAAUUUCACCUUGAAGUCAGUUCUCUCAAAAGAAGACGACCCUAUGGAAGAGUGUCUUAGUAAAUAUGAUAUAUAUAGAAAUAAUUUUGAAAAGCAUUCAAACCUAAUUAUUCAGUUUGGUACCCAGUCAGAUAAUAAAACUAUGUAUGAUGAAGGCAGGGCAACCUUCAAUCAUGUCUCAUAUGGUAUUGUUCAUAGAAAAAUAUAUCCUGGAGAGAAGCCUUAUAAAUGUAACGUGUGUGGGAAAAAGUUUAGGAAAAACCCGUCCUUCGUGAAACACCAAAGUACCCAUGCCAAAGAAAAAUCUCAUGAAUGUGAAGAAUGUGGGAAGGAGUUUAGGCAUAUCUCAUCCCUCAUUGCACAUCAGAGAAUGCAUACUGGAGAAAAACCAUAUGAAUGCCACCAGUGUGGUAAAGCCUUCAGCCAGCGUGCACACCUUACUAUACAUCAGAGAAUUCAUACUGGAGAGAAGCCCUAUAAGUGUGAUGACUGUGGAAAAGACUUCAGUCAGCGUGCACACCUUACUAUACAUCAAAGGACACAUACUGGAGAAAAACCAUAUAAAUGCUUGGAAUGUGGUAAAACCUUCAGCCACAGUUCAUCGCUGAUUAAUCAUCAGAGAGUUCAUACUGGUGAAAAACCUUACAUAUGCAACGAAUGUGGGAAGACUUUCAGUCAGAGUACACACCUUCUUCAACAUCAAAAAAUACAUACUGGAAAGAAACCAUAUAAAUGCAAUGAGUGUUGGAAAGUGUUUAGUCAGAGUACUUACCUUAUUCGACAUCAGAGAAUUCAUUCUGGAGAGAAGUGUUAUAAAUGUAACGAAUGUGGAAAAGCCUUUGCUCAUUCCUCAACUCUGAUUCAACAUCAGACUACUCACACUGGAGAGAAAUCCUAUAUAUGUAAAAUAUGUGGAAAAGCCUUCAGCCAGAGUGCAAACCUUACUCAACAUCAUAGAACUCAUACGGGGGAGAAACCAUACAAAUGCAGUGUGUGUGGGAAAGCAUUCAGCCAGAGUGUACACCUUACUCAGCAUCAAAGGAUUCAUAAUGGAGAAAAACCCUUCAAAUGCAAUAUAUGUGGGAAAGCAUAUAGACAGGGUGCCAAUCUUACUCAACAUCAAAGGAUUCAUACCGGAGAGAAGCCGUAUAAAUGUAAUGAAUGUGGGAAAGCUUUUAUUUACUCCUCAUCACUUAAUCAACAUCAGAGAACUCAUACUGGAGAAAGACCCUAUAAAUGUAAUGAAUGUGAUAAAGAUUUCAGCCAGAGAACAUGCCUUAUUCAACACCAGAGAAUUCACACAGGAGAGAAGCCCUAUGCAUGCCGUAUAUGUGGUAAAACCUUCACCCAGAGUACAAACCUCAUUCAGCAUCAGCGUGUUCAUACAGGUGCCAAACAUCAUAAUUAAUGAGUACAGGAGACUUCAGUUAGGUUUUACAAUUCAUUCAAAUCUUAUUUUGUACUCUGUUAAACCCCAAAGAAGUGCAAUAUAUGUUAGGUAUCACUCAGCAGAAGUAUCAGAAUUAGUAAUGUGGAUAUAAGCUAUUUAAAUUUAAUGUGAAAUUUAAAAAGAAAACUUUAUUCACUUCUUAACCUUUAUUCGAUAUCAGUUUAAUUCAUUCCAGAAAGAAACCCUGUAAAAGUAAGAGUACUCAAAAAUCUGUAACUCAUCAAUCUUAGUGUAUUUCAAGUACUUCUUAAUGAGACGUUAUGAAUGUAACUUGGGAAAGCUUCCAUCAAGUAGGGAUUUCACGUUAGUGAGUAAUCUUGGGAUAAUUGAAAAAAGCUGCUUUCAGGCCUUUAUUUCUUCCCAGCUUCGAAGCCUUAAGUGUGUAAAGGGUUCCCUUCCCUUUUCCCGUUAUGCCAUAACUGCCGUGUGGAGCCAGUAGGUUUGCAAAAUAUAUAUAUAGUGGAAAGUAUCCUAAUUUUUAUGGGACAGCUGUUGGUAAUUAACAUUUUCCUUUAAACAUUGAAAUAUUCAAGGAGAGCUUAAGGAAAGAUGACCUGUUAGGGUAAACUAAUGUAUAUAUAACCCUUAGACAUUUGUACAAAUUGAGUUAAAAAGGCAAAAACUAAACACCUUAAAUUCAUCUUUAAAACGUAUUAGCCUUAGUUUAACUAGGUUUUGACAUCUGUCCUCGUGAAGGAAAAAAUAAGAAUAAAAUACCCAUUUUUUUCCACCUGGGUCCUAAAUUCGUAACUUAAGGUUCCCCUGUGGCUGUUUUACCAUCAAAGGCCCACUUCUGUCGAGACACGUUUCUUGAGUGCCCGCUGUGCUCAGGGCCCAGACUUCCUAAUUGGAUCCUUUCAAGGCACACCACAGCUAACUUGAGCAACAAAAAGCUUUCUAAAGUAGUGAAAGGUGACAAAGGACAUGUCACGGAAUGAGCAUUAAGAAGCCUACUAAACUGGGUUGCCAAAUGUGACCCCAUAUCCCAAGACAAAGAAGUGGUGAAAGCAGCUAUUUACAAAGUGUGAGGAAAAGAUCACUAAUGGAAAAUAAAGUUCACUACAGAAAGUGGGUCGGGGAAAAAAAGGGUGAAGACUUAGCCGUGAAGAAAGAAUACACAGGUAACUUACAACAUGAACUGUUGUUAGACUUGCUUUACCUAAGAAAGUAAGAGUGGCUAAUUGAAUAAGACAAAUUCAGCCUGUUGUUAAGGAACUAAAAAUGAAGGGACUGAUGUUAAAGGAAUAAUUGGAAUUGGUACUUUCUCAUACAUAGAAAAAUGGGGAUUAUUCUUAAAAUGUCAGAAAACAUUGGAAAAAGCAUUGAUGCAGAAACUAUCAUUGAUGCAAUAAUCAUUAAACAAUAACUAAGUUUGUGGGGUCCUAAACAUAAAAAGGAAAACUGGCAGAAAUGCAAAUAGAAAUAGGUAAAAAUACUAGUAUCCACAGCAUUCCACUAUCAGAAUAUAAGACCAUAUUUGAGAGCUGAGAUUUCAUCCUGCUCUUUAUUCGUUUCUUCAGUGCCUUGCAUAUGGAAAGUGGUCAAUAUAUGUUUGUUGAAUUAAUGAAUAAGGAGGUAAGUUAGAGUUGAGUAGUAAGGUAGAAUUAACAGAUACGGAGUGAAGUUGGUUGAAUUUAAAAUUCUUUUUUGUGCAUGUGUGCAAAGAAAUACUAAGCAAAAUAGCGGUCAUUUAUUGGGUAAUAGGAACUUCUUAAAAUUGAAGAAUCCAAAUCCCACAUCAUAACAGUGGGUAAUAUUCCUAAAGAAAUUACAGGACACCUUUGCACGGGAAGUUUUCCUGGGUAAAGAAAAAUUGAUACAAAUUCUGGUGCCGUAAAUACCAAUUUAAGCAUAUAGUGACCAUGCAGUUUCAUUUGGUUGUUACUGUUGAUACAAACAGGUGCCGAAGGAGAGACCUGGGGUGCUAGCAUCUUCAAGGCUUUCUUGUUGAGUGUUUUCUUCAAAAAGUUACUGCUUUCCCUUGUCCUCACAUCAGUUAACCCUGAUGUCGGAACCCUCCUUCCCAGAGUGUAGACUGUCUUCAGGCUGCAUAAUCAGGUUAACGCGUAUGCCGUAGUUACCGUGUUAGAAAAUAACCGUUGUAUUUAAGAUGCAAUUUUUAUUUAUAAUGCCACUUCAUACCUUACACAAUUUUUUUUCUCCUCCUGGCAUGAAUGUGUGGAGUAUCACAGUCCAUAGCGCCUUUCUUUGCUUUAGUUUGUAUUUCCUGCCUUUGUGAGUUUUCUGUAAAUAAUGCAUUUAUAAAGUCUUCCGUUGAUACACUGAGGCAACUGAUGCCCUUAUAAAACAACAGAAUAGUAGAGAAUCAUAAAUCUUUGUGUAUUUUUCCCACUUUUACAGUUGUCUGAUCCACAUGUAAUCCAAGUUUUUUUAGCAGUCUUAUUUUCCACAACUUCAUUACAAAGGUGUUGAAAUAUACAGAAAAGUUAAUAAAACGAACUGUGUAUCUACCACCUACCUUUAAAAACUUAACUGAACAAUUGGAAAGUUAGACAUGACGUUUCACCCCUAAAUAUUUCAGCAUGAAUCUCAUAAAAAUAAGGACAGAUUUUCACAUAACCACAUACCAUUACAUACCUCAAAAAAAGAAUAGUAAUUUUCAAAUCCCCAAUGCUUCGUCCAUGUUUAAAUUUUCCCUGUUGAUGCUGUCAAGUUUCACACAUUGUGUUUACUCGUUACAGCUGUUCCAUCUAUCAAAAUGUCUCCCACCUCUUGACUUUCUCCAGGACCUUUUGUUUGUUUGUUUUUUUUAUAAAUAUAGCAGGUCAGCUGUAGAAUGUCUCACAUUCAGGAUUUAACCGAUGGUUUAUAUGUGGUUUAGCUUGUUCCUGUGUCCCCUGUGGUUUCUGUAAACUAGCAUUUAGGGCCAAAGCCUUGAUUGGCCUCAGGUUCAACAUGUUGAACAUUAACACUUCACGGAUGUGUUUUGUCUUGCAUCACAUCAAAAGUCUUACUAACAUUUGGUUGACUGUCAGUGAUGUGAAACCUGAUCAGUUGACAUGGUAACCAUCAUAUCUUCCCAGUGUGAAGAUAUGGGUAGUCUGUUUCCACCUGAUAGUUUUAGUAUCCAGUGAUGAUCACUCCCUGAAUCAGUUGUUUCAUCAAGAUUUGCCAAAUGGCAAUUUUCUACAUUUACUGAUGCGUACUUCCGUAAAGCAGAGCCUUCUGUCAUCAACUGGGAAUGCGCUAGAGUCAAGGUCAUACUUAAAUUCUUUUCCUUAAGAAUUUGUUUCCAUAGUAAGGGGUUGGCAGGGAUGACAAGUGAUUUCAUGUAUUAAAAAUCAGUUAGGGCCAUUGUUUCUGUAGCUCAGACUGUCCCAAACUUGGCCAGUUGGAACCCUUCGAGGAGCUCAGGUGUCUUUGACGUUCCUUCUUCUCUAGCCUUUCAGGACUUCGUUUCCUUCUGACCUAUCUCAGGUCCAGUGCCCCAGGUAUGGAAUGAGCCAUUUCUCCAGGAAUCUUUGGCUAAAUAGGCAACUAUUUAGAAACCAAGGUCUGGGCACAAGGCGUGCUUGCUGCUGCUGAGGUGUUAGUGAGUAGCCUCUGCGUCUUUCCAGCCAUUCACCUGAGUUCUCAUAAAGGCAGCUCUUCGCAUGCACUGCAUCAGUUAUACAGUUCUGCAGGAGAUGUACUUACCUGCUGGGACAGACGGGGGGGCCAACGACGCAGCCUCGGGGAGGGGGUGGGAGUGUUGGGCGUAUACUAGAAAGCAAGUGCAGCCACAUGAGGUCUUGUGCCAAGGCCCGCAGAUGUAAGGGAGCUUGGCAGGUGGGUUAAUUCGAGAGCAGUUAAGACAGCAACUUAAUGUGUGAUACCUAGAAUGUUUUUUUAACUAUUACAUGUCUUGAUAAUUUACAUAUUUAUAAGCUCCCAUCUUUCCUAUCACAUUCUUUAAAGCAGGUUUCUGAUAAGACCUAAAUCUGAAUCCUUAGGAUCUGUUUCAUGCAAAUCCAAGUGCUAGUUUUUCUUGCUAAACUUUUAUUUAGCCUUCAGAACUUGAAGUGUGUUAGGUUUCGUUCCUCAACUAUAGCUUCUGGUAUCAGUUCACUUGCAUGUGCCUGUAAAUGUACUUAGUUCUUUAGUUCUGUUAUUCUGUUCAUGGCUCUGUAUUUCACUACAAUUAUUAGGCCCUUAGAACACUAUAGCCAUUAAAAAUGGCAAGCAUGUGCACUCUAGUGAUAUGUAUAAAUACGUGUGUGAGCUUGCAAGCAACACUGAGUCCCCAACCCUCUGUAUGGAUAGGGAAGGUGAUGCCCAUGAGGCUGACGUGUCUUGCCUGCGGUCCUGUAGUCCUACAGCGACAGAACAAGGGUUUGGAACCCAUGGCUCCAACACUUAGUGGAAUUCUUUCUGUAAAAUUAACGCUAAUGGAAAUUCAGAGCACAAACUAUGUACGUACAACUUUAUAAAAUUACAUAUUUUGAUGAGA